ACAUUUCAAUACACACACACAUCAUGGCAUGUUGGAGAUAAUGUGUGUCGAUGUAAAUAGCCUGUUAUCAGCUCUAAUGAAUUCACGGAGAAUAUGUUUCAUCUACGAUUUUAUUCACAUGGAGUAAAAUUCAAGUAAUUUAUUGAGAUUUUAACUUUCAACUUCACAGGGACAUUAGAACAUUUGAAAGUGAGUGCUCUGAAAUACGGCGAUUAGGGCACCUGUUUAUAUCAAGCCGUUGAAAAUGAUGGAAACACAACCUAUCAGUCUUCACGGGAAUAACCCGGCAAAUGGGGUUUGUAUAUUUUACUGGUUUUAUAUAUUAUAUGUCAUGUUUUACUUUAUUAUUUGUCCUCGGACCUAUAUAUAUAUCAAUUGGAUGUUGUCCAGAUCUCGAGUUCUUCAGAAAGAGUUCAAUGUAGGUUGUAGGAAUCUUCGUGGGUGUUGCUUUUCUAAAUUUUGUUUUUCGAUAAUGGUAUUGAAAUAAUAAAAGUGAAAUUAUUUUUCUCUACACCGUAAGAAUGUGUAAAUAUAGUAUAUGACACUUUAGUCAACAUAUUUUGGUCAGUUUGGUGCACCUCUGUGACCCGGAUGUGACCUUCGCAUUGGGUGUUUGUGCCCAUGCGCAUAUCAAUAUUCCUGACGUCACGAUCAAUUCUGCAUGUUCACAGUUGUUUCGGUGAUAGUGUCCGCUUCCUGUUAAGAGAAUAUUCUAGUCGUUUCAUCAUCUCAGGAUAUAGGAAUUGAUCUAUUUUCGACAUUCUACUUUUCUCAAAGAAUCGACUCUCAUACUCGCAGAAGAUGAGAUGAGUAUCAGAAGUCGUCACGUCUUUGCACGUGCGGUGGCCGCCAUAUAUCUUGACAAUCUGCUUUGUUUACCCAUGAUCGAAGGCAAAAUGUGGUGGUAAGAUUGAUGCUAAAAAUAAAAAUCUGAUUUAUUUUUCCACUGUGUUUGAAAGUAGUGGAAGAAGUGAUAUUAUAGGAACAUUAUAGAGCGAGAGAACGGUGCGAAAUGCGACUGAAGCAGUAUUUCACUGACGGCUUAGUACAGAUUGCCAUUGUUCUCAGCUUGUUGCGUAUCGAUCUCAACAGUUACUUGAAUACGAAUUAUGUGAACUAUCCGGAAGUGCAAGAAUUAAUUCUUGGUCAGACAGCAGUGUAUACACAGACGAAUUUUCAUAGAAAUAGUCUUGAAAACCAAUAUACAGGAUAUGUACAUUUGAAAAAUGUAGAGAAUGAAGCAUCUGUCAUCUUGCGAGAUCUUCGUUCUCUGAGUCGAUUUGCUAGUCAUCAAGUAUCAAGACAACAAAGAAUAGUGACAUUUCUUGUGGGUAUUUCGAAUGGUGGUGGACGCCUUUUAACAAACUCUCAGGAAUCUCAACCUGUAAACAUUGAAAGUAGUGAUAGCGAAUCUCCAACUUCAACAGAACAGCAAUCUGGAUCUGCUCAAGUAGAAGAAAAUUCGGAAACCCAAGAACAUGAAGAAGUUGUACUUUGUCAAGUUAAUGCUGAAUGCCCUUUAGCAGUAGAUCCAUCUUUUGAGGAUCUGGACUUGAUAGACGUACUAUGGCGCCAAGACAUAGAUCUUGGGGUGGGAAAAGAGAUGUUCGAUGUGAAUCUCCGAAGAGAACUCGAGAGAGAACGAGAAAUCGAGCUGCAGAAGGAAAGACAGAAACAAAAAGAUAGGGAGCUUCUACAAAGCAAACUAGAAGAACAGCGUAGACACCGAGAACAGCAAUGGAUGUCGGAGAACUUUAUGAGGGAUGGGGAAACAGGUGAAUGGGUGCCACUGAAUGGAAGAAGAGCCCCUCCCCAGCCCAUGGGGUCACCUUCAAUGGUUCCCCCAAACAUGUCUCCUCAAGUAUCCACUGUCCCUCCCCCAAAUGUUACCAAUAUGAAUCAGCAGAAUAGCCCACAUAAUAUGAACCAGACCAGCCAGUUUCAGAAUUACCAAUCUUAUGAAACUGGAAUGCCUAUGAUGAACAACCCAAUGCAGCAGCGUAUGAAUAUUUUAGAGAAUGAUUAUCACAUUCCGACAUCAAACCAGAGCUACCAACAUCAGCUGUCCUCGCCUUCACAUCCCUCCACCCCCUCACAUAUAACGUCCCCAUUACAUCACAUCUCGCCUGAACAGAACCACCUUCAGAACUAUACCUACAAUCAAACGCAACAGAAUCAGGGUAACUACCACCCACCAGAAACCCUGCCCCAGGUCCAGUACCCCCAGCCAGAGAACAGUGGAUAUGGUAACAACACCUCCCUGGAGGAGACCUGGAUGGACCUGGUCAAUAUUCUGGAGCUCCCCAGCAAUGAAUCUAACGCUGGCAUGGUCAACAACUUGACCGGCACUGGACGUAUGAUGAGCCCUCAGAAUCACUCCAAUGCCUUGAUUCAGAAUGUUACAAUGCCUACGCCAAUCAACAACACUGUUACCACUAACACAUUUGAGCCACAAACAAGAAACAACUUUACAUCAGCUCCCCCCAGUGAGGGAUGUGCUUCUCCCUUAGAGUGGAACCCCUCCAACAUAUUGUUUAACAACAGUAAUGCUGGGGCUGAUCAAAACGGCAACCUAACCACUCAGGUGGAUGACAUUCUCUCUAAUAUCAUUGAUGAGGGACUGGAUGACCUUAAUAUUACUGAAAUGGCCAUGGAAGAAGGUUUGGGUUCCAUGCAAAUGCUUGAUGAUGCCAGCAGUGAAUCGGGCAUUUCCAUGGGAAGCUCCAGGGGCUCACCUUCACAGGAUCAGUUCAGUGAGGGAGCCAUGUCCCCCUUCGACGGCAUGGAAGGAGGUGCCCGAGGUGGAGGAGAUUAUGGUGAUGGUACCCCUGACUUCGGCAAAAGGCCAGGAAAAUUCAGCUUCAACGGGGGGUUCAACUACAAUGAAAAUGGAGCCGAGUCUUCUCGAUCAAAUUAUUCCUCCUCCUCUAACGACACAGAUUAUCACUACCGUCCAUCUAGCGCCAAUCAUAUCAGACACAACCAUUCCUACCCACUGCAGCCAGGCCAGGAACCUCGUGAGUACAAGAAGUACACGAUAUCGGACAAGCCCAAGCAAAAGGGUCCUCACUGUAGGGACAAAAAGAGGUUAGAGGAUCUCAAAGUGCCCUUGUCACUGGAUCAGAUUGUAGAUGCUCCUGUGGAGGAAUUCAAUGAAAUUCUGACCCGUCACAAGUUGUCCGAGUCGCAGCUUCAGUUAAUUAGAGACAUUAGACGACGAGGCAAAAACAAAGUGGCAGCCCAAAACUGUAGAAAAAGGAAGAUGGAUGUGAUCGUCACGUUGGAGGAUGAAAUGACCCAUUUGAAGGAAUCCCGUGAAAAACUGAUGGCUGAGAGGCAGAUGAUUGACAAGCAGACACGUGAUAUGAAGGACAAAUACAGCACCCUCUACAGGGAAAUAUUCUUGUCUUUGCGGGAUGAACAUGGUCGCCCCUAUGACCCAGCUCAGUUCUCUCUCCAACAGUCCAGUGAUGGAAACGUUUUCCUUGUGCCUAAAAAUGUAACAUCUGAUGAACAUAUGGAAAUGAACAAGAAAAUCAAGGAAGAGCGAGAAAAAGAAUCCCAUUAACAGUCCAGCACUUAGUGCUUGGUGUUGAAAUCCACUGAUUGCACUUUGGUCAUACUUUGAGCUUAUCCUAUUAAGGAACUUGUCCUUUUAAAAUCUGUGAUCAAAUUUAAGUGCUAGAAUACCUAUACUCAGGAACAUACAAAGUUUUCAAAAAAAGUCGUCAUACUAAAUGAGAAUUUUUUUGCUUAUUAAUGAAAAUAGAGAUGGUCAUUACCUCUAAAUUUGGGUUUCACAAAUCUCUUCAGGGUAUUAGGUUUAGUGUAGUGGAAACUUCAAGUUGAGUCCCGGUGUUAUGCAACCAAAGACAGGUGGAAGGAAGGGGAUCGAAUUAGACGUGAAGAGAUCAAUUGACGUCCUAAAUUAGCAAGGAAAGCAAACGGGAGAGUUUUUCUAAAUGUGUUGAAUAGUUAAAAGUUUCAAACAUUUUAAGAGACCUACUCUGUUAUAAGAACUGUCAGUGGAGUUAUGUUCUACGUCCUCGGCUAAGUACAUUGAUACAGGUCUAGGUCAGGGGGCAGAAUCAUUACGACAUAAAAUUAUCCCUGCUGUGUUUAAGCCUUUUGUGACAUACAGUGCUUAUCCUUUGUUUUUAAUGCUUAAUAGAUAGAAGCACACCUUCAGGCUUUGUUCAGUUUGAUUUUAUAAAAGAUUAUCUUCAUAGACAAGGUACUAAAUUUGAAAGAUUUCAAAUCUGUCACGCAUAAUUGGAGAUCAGCAUGGCCUUAUCAUCUUUUGUAUCAUAUUUCAUGUACUUGGCAUCAUGAAUUUGUUUUACUGCCAUAUGAACAUGUUGUUUAAUCUAGAGGCUUUCAUUGCUGUUGCAUUUCUAUAAAUCGGAAUGAUUGUGUCUGCAUGAAAUGUGGUAUUCAUCUAAAUAUAUAUUGUAUUUGGUUCCAUGCCUCCAAAGAAUGUUGAAAUGCACAGAGAAUAUCAGACCUUAGCCCUAGCUACGAGUCCGAUGAACUUGCGUAUGUUAUAGUAUUUAAUGUACAGUAAACAUGGAAUGGUUUUAAGACGUUUUUUGCUUUUAUUUGUUGAAUUGACACUGACUGGAGAAGAUUCUUUGUUUUCCAGUCCAGUUUUCAAUAUCUAUCAACUAUUAUUUUUGUUAACCUUAUUGUCAUUUUCUCUGUGUUUGCUGUUUGUUUUUGUCACAUCAUUUUCUGUAUACAUAUUGUUUUGAAGCUUUCUUCAUGUAGCAUUGUUUUUAAAACAUUCAUGAUGUUGUACUCUUCAUUGAUAACUUACGUAUAGAGUUUUGUUCUGUUAAUGGUUAUUUGUAUAUUUUGUCAUUAUACACUACCCUCUUCUGUCUUUGACUUUUAAGGUCAAAAUCAUGUACCUGUAAUAAGGUAUAUGUUUCUGAAAGUGCUAUUUAUUUAUCUUAGAAACGCCUUCGAUACUUACAAAUAUUUAUGAAGGUAUGAAUACACAUAUGCGUGUUAUGAAAUACCAAGAAAGUGAAUAUAUACAUUAGAGCAGGAUUAGAACCGCAGUUUACGAGAAUUUCAAUUUCGACUGGAAUAUGUUAUCUUUUCUGUACUGGAUGUGAUGUAAAUGGACUGCAAUGAAAGUUGUAAAGUUUUGUUGGUUUUUAUCACCCAUAAUUCUUUUUCAAUUUCAUGAUAUCUGUAGACACCUCAUCCCAACUGAUGAGGGUUCAAGUAAAGAAUGCUCUGUACAUUUAAGUUUAAAACUUGGCAUUCUAUUGUUUUGUUCCGUGUGUGAUUGUUACUGAUAAUAUCAAUAUCGUCUCACAAGUUACGGUUGUGUAUAGGCGUAUUCAUCUGAAUAAAAUAUAUUUUCUGUA